AAUAAAUAGUUUAUACGUAACAGGCCGAGUGUGUGAACGUUCGGGCUAAAAUUGUUUUAUAUAAAAGAGAAAUUAAAAAAUAUAUAUUUUAUAGUAAAGUGUGAAAUACAAGAUGCCUAAACGAACUGGAUUAGGUGAUGAAAGUUUCAAAAAUAGUAAAAAAUAUACUAUUAAUAAUGACUACGUUGCUAAUGGGAACUUUAAUAAGGACGUAGUUUCUAAAAAGAACGGGAAGAAAGAUGACGGUUCCGAUGACAGUAAAGAUGAAAAAGGCCCGGAGGUGCCUAGUGUUUCGUUUUUCACAUUGUACCGGUUCGCCUCGUCUAUGGACAAGAUUUUUAUGACAAUAGCUAUAUUAUGUUCCAUUUUGAGUGGGUGCACUAUGCCACUUAAUACACUCCUAUUUGCGUCAUUGUUAGAGAGUAUGGUCGAGUAUGGGAUAUCAGUCGUCCAAGGAAAUCCAGCUAACGAUGACUUUUUAGAUGCUAUCACCUCUUUUGCCAUUUGGAACAGUGUAAUUGGUGUAUUGUUAGUGAUAUUGUCGUAUUUGGCAACUGUAUUGAUGAAUAUGGCGGCUUUUAAUCAGAUAUACAAGUUACGCCAAGAGUAUCUAAAAGCAGCCCUAAAUCAAGAUUUCGAAUAUUUCGAUACCCACCAAACUGGAGAUUUUGCUGCAAAAAUGACCAGUGAUGUGGUCAAGCUGGAAGAUGGCAUUGGAGAGAAGUUGGCGACAUUUAUCUUCUUUCAAUCUGCAUUCGUCAGUUCCAUCAUAAUGGCUUUAGUAAAAGGAUGGAAACUUGCACUGCUGUGUCUGAUAUCUUUCCCAGUCACAUUGCUACUUGUUGGGAUUGCUGGACUGAUUGCUGCAAAUUUAUCAAAGAAAGAAGCUUUAGCAUCAGGCAAAGCCGGUGCUGUUGCUGAAGAGGUGAUAGCUGCUAUACGUACGGUGUAUGCUUUCAGCGGCCAACAAAAAGAAAUAGAGAGAUACAGAUCACAUUUGGUAGACGCUAGAGGAAUUAAUAUCAAGAAAGGUUUCUUCAACGGACUUGCUAUGGGGACUCUCUUUUUCUGUAUUUUCUGUGCUUACGCUAUGUCCUUCUGGUUUGGGUACAGACUGAUGGUUGAAGAACCAGAGAACUAUGACGUGUCGACUAUGAUAGCUGUAUUCUUCGGAGUAAUGAUGGGUUCAGCGAAUUUCGGGAUAUCAUCUACUCUCAUGGAAGUAUUUGGCGUGGCCAAAGGUGCUGGCGCUCAAAUCUUUAAUCUCAUUGACAAUGAGCCUAUUAUAAAUCCGUUACUUAAUAAAGGAAUCGUCCCUAAAUCUAUCGAAGGAAAUAUUGAACUCAAAAAUGUAGUAUUCCGCUAUCCUUCAAGACCUGAUGUUCCGGUACUAAAAGGAGUAAGCUUAAGUGUAAAACGUGGUCAAUCAGUUGCACUAGUUGGUCACUCUGGAUGUGGGAAGUCUACUAUCAUUCAGCUGUUAUCUCGAUAUUACGACACGCUUGAAGGCAGUGUAUAUUUGGAUGGGAACAAUGUACGUGAUCUUUCCAUCCGUUGGUUGAGAGAGCAAAUCGGCUUGGUUGGUCAGGAGCCUGUACUGUUUAACACCACAGUGAGAGAAAAUAUAAGAUACGGAAGGGAAGGCGCAAGUGAUGCUGAGAUCGAAGCCUGCGCAAAGCAGGCCAAUGCGCAUCAGUUUAUUAUGAAACUGCCUAAGGGUUACGAUACCCUAGUGGGUGAGCGAGGAGCGUCUCUGUCUGGUGGUCAGAAACAACGUAUUGCUAUAGCCAGGGCCCUGGUGCGGAAUCCCAGCAUAUUACUGCUGGACGAAGCCACUAGUGCUCUCGAUACUUCAUCGGAAGCUAAAGUUCAAAAGGCAUUGGACAAGGCUCAAGAAGGCAGAACAACUAUAGUUGUGGCACAUAGACUUUCGACAAUCAGAAAUGUCGAUAAUAUUUAUGUCUUCAAAGCUGGAGAAGUAAUAGAAUCUGGGAACCACGUCGAACUCAUGAAGAAGAAAGGACAUUAUUAUGAUAUGGUCAUGAUUCAGGGCUCACCGGAAUUAGAAGAAGGAAGUGGCAAUGCUCUAGCCAGGCAAGUUUCAGUGGUAAGCGUCAACGACGAAGAAGAAAUAAUUGAACAUGCAAAAGAGACUGGUGCCGACAAAGAAGAGGAAAUACCAAAUGUUUCGUUCUGGCAAGUGAUGCUGCUCAACAAGGCUGAAUGGAAGUCCAUUACUGCCGCCAGUUUGUGCUCGCUGAUGAGCGGCUUUGCGAUGCCAUUGAUGGCGGUUAUACUCGGUGAUUUCGUUGGAGUCCUUUCAGGUGAUGAUCCAGAUGCCAUACAAGCUGAAGUGAGAAGAUUUGCCCUAAUUUUCGUUGGAAUUGGAGUUUUUUCGGGAAUCACCAAUUUCAUUACGGUCUUCUUCUACGGUGUUGCCGGAGAGCACUUGACGGAAAGACUAAGGCGUCUGAUGUUCGAGAAGCUUCUACAACAAGAGAUAGGUUUCUACGACGAUAAGAAUAAUUCUACAGGCGCUUUGUGUGCUCGCUUGUCUGGUGAAGCCGCUACUGUGCAAGGGGCAACGGGUCAAAGAAUUGGCACUGUGCUUCAAGCUAUAGGAACUUUUGGAUUAGCACUUGUCCUGUCCUUAAUAUACGAAUGGAGAGUAGGAUUAGUUGCAUUAUCAUUUGUUCCUAUAAUGGUGGCGAUUUUGUAUAAAGAGGGCAGGAUGGUGAGCGCGGAAUCGUUUGGUACUGCAAAAACUAUGGAAGCCAGUUCAAAGAUUGCUGUUGAAGCAGUGUCAAAUGUACGAACAGUGGCGUCUUUGGGACGAGAAGAAACUUUCUGCAAUGAUUAUGCGACUCAGUUAUUACCAGCUUUAGCUUUGGCUAAGCGUUCCGCUCACAUGAGAGGAAUUGUUUUUGGUCUAUCUCGUGGUCUUUUCAACUUCGUUUAUGCGGCAGCUUUGUACUAUGGUGGAACGCUUAUCAUUUACGACGGUGUGGAUUAUGAUUUGAUAUUAAAGUCAGCUCAAGCUUUAUUAAUGGGUGCGUCGUCAGCUGCUCAGGCGUUUGCAUUUGCACCUAAUUUCCAGAAGGGAAUCAAGGCAGCAGGGCGCGUUAUCAUGCUACUUAAUGUUCAGUCUAAAAUAACAGAUCCAGCCAAACCAGUCGUUGGAUUUAAAGGUUCCGGCGAAGCCAGUCUUCAAAACAUUGACUUCAGAUAUCCAACAAGACCGAUGAUACAAGUUCUUAAGAAUAUGAACUUGGAGAUAGAACGAGGCAAAACAGUUGCUUUGGUUGGCUCCAGUGGAUGCGGAAAAAGUACAGUCAUACAAUUGUUAGAAAGAUAUUAUGAUCCUGAUAGCGGAAUAGUUGCUCAAGAUGGCGUACCAUUGCCAAAACUUCGUCUUGACGAUGCUAGAAAACCGAUAGGUUUCGUACAACAAGAGCCUAUACUGUUUGACAGAACUAUAGGCGAGAAUAUAGCCUACGGAGACAAUUCCAGGAAGCCAAGUACUGAUGAAAUUGUUCAGGCUGCCAGACAAGCCAAUAUUCACAACUUCAUUGUGUCGUUACCUUUGGGUUAUGAAACAAACAUAGGUUCAAAAGGCACGCAGUUGUCUGGAGGUCAGAAACAAAGGGUUGCCAUCGCCAGAGCCUUGAUAAGGAGGCCAAGGAUGCUGCUUCUUGAUGAAGCUACUAGUGCUCUUGAUACCGAGAGUGAGAAGGUGGUCCAAGAAGCUCUCGAUGCAGCUAAAGCAGGCCGCACGUGUGUCAUGAUCGCUCAUCGCCUGAGUACAGUCCGGGACGCUGAUAUCAUUUGCGUCAUCAACGACGGCAAAGUUGUGGAGAGUGGGAAACACGCUGAACUGUUAGAUCUAAAAGGAAUGUACUACAAUUUGCAUAAAAAAGGCGGACAUGCGUAGUGAAAUUUUAAAUUAAAAUUAGCGUGAGUGACUUGUUUUAAGGUUGAGUUUUGGAUGUACCUUUGGUUUUCCUUGUACAGUAAAGAUAAUAUAAAUAAACAGUUCAAAGGUAACAUUACAUUUAAAUAUUGUUGUUCUGCAUAAAGGAUUAAUCCCUCUGUAUAUAGGCUUCUCUCUUCUUCUCUCUUCUUUUUUGAAGGUCGAACUUAUAGUUUUUAUUUGUAUAUUUUAUUAUUAAUGUAUGAAUCAUAUUUAAACUUUGUACUAAAAUUUAUAUUUUUACGCCUUAUUAUUAUCGCGUAAUUAUUAUUAGUAAAUUAGUAAAUUUAUACCAUAGUGCGAUUAACAUUAGUGCAUGUAUUGUACCAAAAUUUUACAAAAUUUAGGAAAAUACAUUGAAAUGUUGUUGCUUUAUUAUAAAGUGUUAAUUAUUUAACCUCAUUAUUACUGCAUCUGAUUGAUGAAAAUAUAUUACUUUAUAAAAUAGUUUUGUCUACACAGUAAGAUAUGUUGAAAUCGUUGAAAUAAAGCCGUUUAUAAAAAAAAAAGUAUAUU